AAAGCAAUCAAAUGUAUUGAUCUUAGUGGUGUUACAAUACCAUCAAAUGUAAAAUCGAUGAAUAUAGAAUGUUUUCGGUAUAGCGGUCGUUUAACUAGUGUUACAAUACCAUCGAGUGUAACAUCAAUUGGUUAUCAAUGUUUUUAUUGUUAUAUUCGUUUGGAAAGUGUAACAAUGACAUCAAAUCUAAAAUCGAUAACCAAUAAAUGUUUCUGUGGAUGCAUGAGUCUGAAAAAUGUUACAAUACCAUCGAGUGUGACAUCAAUUGGCGAAUAUUGUUUUGGAUAUUGUGAUAAACUUGAUAGUAUUACAAUAUCAUCAAAUUUGAGAUCAAUUGGUAAUGAAUGUUUUGAUGGUUGCUAUAAUUUAAACAAUAUUACAAUACCAUCCAGUGUGAUAUCAAUUGGUAAUUGGUGUUUUUGUCGAUGUAGUAAAUUGAGUAGUAUAACAAUACCAAAGAGUGUUAUAUUAAUUGGCAGUGGUUGUUUACUAUCAAACACGGUAGUUCAUCAAAAUUAA